GAAAUGGCUCUCACGCCCACAAACCUAAAUAACGAAAGGUCUCUGCAGAUGAAGAUGGACUGCCAGGAACAACAGCUGACUAUGAAAAACAAUGGCUUUUCAAAGCUCAAUGUGACUAAAGGGGCAAUGCAGGAUUUGCUAAAGGAAAUUAUCAAAGUGGACCACAUCUUAGACAGAUCGGAUGAUGAGGAUGACAUAUCCUCCGAAAACCCUCAAACUGACUUCCUUCACAAGGAUAUGUUGGAGCUAGAGGCUGAGCAUGACCAGGACCUGAGUAAACAGGAUAAGCAAGAAACAGAUGUUGAUGAGGACCCUCAAGCGUCUACAUCUCUGCAGUUUUCAAAGAAGAACCUCCUUGAACUGUGUCUGACGGGCAUGUUCCUCAAGCUAAACUACUGGAACGCAAAGAUAGGUCUCCAGGUGAAAGAACUUGGAGCUGAUUACAUAGACGGAACGGAGAAAACUGACAAUAUUAUUAAAAAAAUAAAUGUAACAGAAAACACAGUGAAGAGCUUAUUAAAAGACAUGCUGACCCUGAAGGGUCAAAUUGAAAAGCUGGAGGACCGGGGCCUUGACCUUGAUCAAGGGACAAACACUGAGGUGAAUACUUGUAAUGAAGUUUAUGAAUUAAAGAAGAAAGUCAUGGAAAGGCUGGAGGACCUUUGCAAGAAUGUGGAACUGCUGAGUGCAAAGCUAAGGAUGUAUCAAAUGGAGGCAGAGGACACUGACUCUCACAGUUCUGAGGAAAUAGAUACGGAAGAGAUGGAGGCCCUGCUUCCUCAGGCCCCAGCAUCCUUUUUAGCGCAGAAGUCUCCUCCCCGCAAUACAGCGUGGAAACGUGCACUGAGGAUUUUCAUCAUGUUUUAUGUCCUCACCGUCACUGGACUUUUAUGUUACAUACUAUUUUUUGGUGCUACAUUUCUCUUUGAAAGGGUGCUUCUGAGAAUGCUUGGGUGCCGCACCACAUGGGACAUACGGGAGAUGAGAGAGCCUUUCUUGAAUUUGGAAGUGGAAGCCUUGUUACCCUCCUAAAGAUACAGAAGUUACUGUCAUCCUACUGACUUUCUCACCAGUAAACAUUGUGGCUUUUCCUGUAUUGUGGUGGCUAACUUAUUUUUCAAAAAAUAACGUACAAGGUUUUUGUAAAGAACAUUGUAAUUACACAGAAGUUGAUUGAUCACGGAAAAAAAAUGAAAACAG